AUGUCGGCAGCGGGCGUAUAUCUGUUGCUUGUGGGUCCGAGUUGGCGGCAGCCUUUCACGUAUUUCCCACUGUUCGGUCUGGUCAGCGUGUUCUUCGGUGCUCGCAUCGGGCGUUGCGAAGAAAAGAUUGACGUGUUUUAUUAUAAGGUAGGGGUUCGGAGCCUUGGCGGAUACACGCGUACGUAUAUGGGCCAAAAGAAGGGCCAGCGAGAAAUACCCCCUUCCCGAGGAGAGCACCAGCUCGGCAAAGUUUCGAUGCUCUCCCAUUUCCGGAGUUAUAGAGGCCGGGAAGGCCCAAGUGAUGAAGCCGUAAAAGUAUUUGGUGGAAUAAGUGCUGUACACUUCAUCGCUGAAUGUUUUGUUUUUUUUUUGGGGGGGGGCGUCACUCCGCCAUAUAUAUAUAUAUAUAUAUAUCUUCCCCUGUUUGCAAAUACGCCAGGUGGGGCCCACCUGCCUCAGAAAUACUUGGCUACACUUAAGACGCUUUCGGCCAACACUACCUUGGGCCAUGGUGCCACCCCACAUCCCUUUACCUUCUGCUCCGGAGUAAAUGGCAUGCGGCAAUCACAUGAUGUUUCAGUUAUAUCGGAAGAAGUAUCCCGUAUCUCUCCAUCUUCAGGUGCCGUACGCAACCCACACAAGCGAUGUUGUGGGAAGUGA